AGUCUUACCUGCUUUUCCGGGGGGAAUGAAAUGAGAGACGGACAGAUUAUAUGUCAAUGCCAACACUGAUAGAAGUCUAGUUACUUCCGGGUUCCCAGGCUGUAUGUCCUGGUUGCUGGCAGGAGAGGAGUAUGGAGGCUGAUCUGUUGUAUUGGUGUGUUGAGGAAUUACAGACACGUUUCUCAUUGAGUGUUAGUGAAGACAUUGUAAGGUGAGUAUGGACAAUAAGGAAAGGAAAUACAGACAUCUUGGACUAAGUAUGAUUUGUUUAUGUUGUAGUCAGGGCCCCAGAAUAAUAAAGAGUUAUUCACUACAGCUGUUAUUUUCUGUUUUAUAAUGAUAAACCCUGCAGCUAACCUUUCAUUAGACAAAAGCCACACUGUAUAGGAAAGCUCAAGUCACUAAGAAAUCAGUAAAAGGCAAAUUGUAAAUUGUGGAUGAUGCUGAACCAAAUGUAUUACUGUCUCCUAUCUGAAUUAUUAUAUAUUUUCCCAAAAAUAUAUUAUUAUAAAAUAUUUCAAUGAGAACUAAAAUAAAACAUGUAACAGAUAAACUGUUAGUAGAAAAAGAUCAAAGGGUCGAGGGUGAAAAUAUGAAGUACAAUAAUAAUUAUAUAAAAAAUAUAAGCUCACAAUUUCUAAUUUAGUGUCCACUUGAUAUGUUUAAAAUGCUGCUAUAAAGCGAGAAUAAAUCCAAAACGGCUGCUCUAUGUUGUGCUGAUUUCUCGUCAGGUACAUUCUUUCCAUUGACACGGAGGAAGAAAUUGAUGAGUACAUUAGCGAUCUUGUCCAGGGUUCAGAAGAGAAGAAGUUUGUUUUUGUACACGAGUUGAAGAAUCGAUGGAGGAAGACAAAGCAACUGCCCACCCCAAGCGCAGCACAAGCUUACAACAGGAAAGAGGGUCGGUUUCUAAAUAUACUUUUUUUUUUUUUUAUCUCUCUCUAAUAAGCCAAAACUAUUUAUCAGAUCGUAUGCUGAAACUUUGGCAGUUAUAAGAUUUUAAAGUUGUGUCAAGAUUUUGCUCUGUAUGAAUCUAAAUUAAGGUAAAAUCUCGUUUGCAGGUGGCCAUUUUUUAGAAUGUAGUGUGUGAAACAUUUUUAACUCUUUAUUUUUUCAGUGCACAGUGAAUAAUACAAACUUAUUUAGAUAUUUUAGUGCCAACAUGUAGAUUGUAAAUGCUUCUAUCUAUAACAUGAAGCAGGCAAGUGUGAGUCGGGACUGUAGCAGUGUGAGUUAGAGAAUUUUCCAAGCAGGUUAUCUGACAUUCCAAGAAAAACAACCACUUUUAUUUGGCUUGUAAAGUAGACUAACUGAGAACAAAUAGCAUGAUACAAGACAAAUUAUCAGCCUGAUUAGACAUAUUGUUAUAUAGCUAGCCUAACUCUUCUUAAAUGCUGUGUGGACUGAGACUGUUAGUGAGGAGAUAAGUUAGGAGGGCAUCAAUAAAUUGUGUUCAAUGUUUGUGGAGAGCCAACCAGCAUAGGGGAAAGAAAUUACUUACAGUAACGGGCAGAUGUUUCAAAGGAGCGUACAGCACUUCCACAAGACUCGUACAUUGCUAUCUAGGAGUAGCACCUCUCAAGCCCCAGGCUUGUUGAUAAGCCAGCACCUUCCUGCCACAAACUCAGUGUCUGUCUGAGGCCAAGUUCUUCCAAACCAGGCAUAUACAAAGGUCAACAUGUUUGGAUAUAUGUCAUUGCUUGCGUGUCGCAUUCCUUCCUGCAACCCCCGGAUGACGCUCAGCCCAGGAAGGCCAUAGGUAGGGGUAUUUGCAGCAUUUGGUUGCAAUUCGCCCGUGAGGGGCUUACCAGACAUCUCUCUGCGAUGCCCUCGCUUUCUCUUCCCUAGUGAUUUUAUGGUCUGUCUUAGUUUUCUGCUUUCCAUCAGGGUCGCCCAAAAACCACCUCUAAGCUAGCCAUAGUUUGGCUUGUCAGGUCGGCUUGAGCCUGCAUCCUGCCCUGAGCUAUAUGAGCAGUUGUGUCCAUCAUUUUGGGCAUCUCUAAUCUUCACCAGCCAGUUUACUGUAUGGGUGAACCUCUGUGAGGUAGAAGAUUGAGGUGGCACAGUCCAAUGGGGACAGGAAAAUCCCCUACCGGUCCAUUAGAUCUCUCUUGAAUGUUUAGGAAUGCUGUGUAUGUCACAUAUAGGGGUGUGUGACUAGGGCUGUAUAAAGAAUGUGGUUUAUCUCCUGAUAAAUGGCAGAAAAUUGAGGCGGGAGAGUGCAGGGGCAUGAUCUAUAUUUCAAAACUGCUUCAUUAAAGGGGCACUCCAGACCACAAAGCACAUUAAAUUGCUGAAAAGCUUUAGGUGUGAAGAGUAAAGUCUAUUUAUUUAUUUUCAUUUUGCAAAAAGUGCAGAUUUCAAUAGAAAUGUACACUUUUAUAAAUUAACCUGGUUACACCUCCUUGGUUUCAGGUUGUCAACAGGUCCUGUUACUUCCUAGUUGUUGAGCUAAACUCAAGAGCCAGCAGUUGCCCUGAGAACCUGCCUUGCAAAGACUCCUCCUUGAGCUGUAUUGGGAAGUCUGUGAUUGGACAGCCAGAGAAUGUCUGGGUGGGGUUAGAAUGGGAAAGCUUGAAACCGCAGCAGACAAGAGAACCGCAAGUUUUGCAAGCUGUUUUUAGAUAUAACCAAAAUGGGGAAAAAAUGCAAGUUUGCAUUUGGGGUAUAUCUACUAAAAAGUUAUUUUUAUUUAUUUUAUAUUUGGGUGGUGGAGUGUCCCUUUAAGCUAAAGUUGUUUUGGUGCCUUUAGUAUCCCUUUAAGAGUUUAAUCAUUUUAAGAGGGAAUCAUGGGGGACGGGUCCUGACCGCAGAGCCGAGCAGACGUGUGUGUGUGUCUGCAGCUCCAGCACUGCCUAGCGAUCUUACCUGAUUUCUGCACGGUACAGGCUGAGAACCGGCUCAUCUUGAAGCCCACGUAACAGAGGACCGGGAGACCUACAUAUGAGUACCGCAUAUGCGGAGUUACUCACCAGCCUCAUCAGAUCGGACCUUGUGGCCCAUCAGCAUUUUCAUGGGACGGUUCAUGGGAGAUGGACGCUCCUACACCGCUGUAUCUUGCUGUUCACGCCGGUAUGGAUCCCUGUCCCCCCCGCAUUUGGACUGGCGGGGUUAUCCUGGUCCCCACUGACCCAAAGCACAUGGCUACUUUGCCUCCUGUUGCCCAUCACAGCGCCAGUCCAAAGCGCACCAGGCCCAACAAAAUGGCGGGCGUGCCCGAGACGUCAGAGCCCACACCUCAGCAAUUAAGCAGUAACUACGUGGACACUGCCCUACAGCGCCUGAACAAGAUAAUUAACAGUUUUUGGGAGAAAUUGCACCAGCGCCUGGCACAACAACCUCCGCUAUCACAGACCCAUGUGACAAAGGUGAAAGAGAUGGGGGGGGGCGAGCUACCAUGGGCACACCAAGCACCAAAGCAACAGCGGCUCUGACUGAUAGCCCACCCAGGCCAAUGGUCACCCGGAGUACUACUCCGCCGCAUCGCCCACAUCGCAAGAAGACUGUCUGCCGCUGGCGGCGACAAACCACAGCACCCUUCCGUAGCGCCCGAAGAGGGACAGCCAAGGCCUCACUGAGUAUCCGAGUCUGUGGAGAGAAGACGCCAACCUGCCACAAGGCCCGGGAUUGGGAGGUGUACCACCCGGCAUUGUCACCCUAGAGAACCCCGCAAUAUCUGCCACCACAUUGCCUAGCAUGGGAAUAGGCUGACUGUGGACACUCAACCCUGAGAGCUGCACCACGCUGUACUGUCAGAGAGCACUACGCUACAGGGUCAAGGUGCGCUUUCAUACCCCCAGGUCCUACAUCCAAGUCUUUUCACGGACCCUGCCUCGCUCACUCAUUUUGCCUUGGUGAGCUUCUCCAAGUCUAACACGGACAGAACUACACAAUCAAAAGCGAAGGUUGGGUGGGGGGAACCUACAUGUUACCUAGCUUUAUCUUACUGGGCAAUCACAGCGGGAAAUGUGGGGGUAUCGGUGGUCUAACCGCAAUGCUUAAAUGAUUAUCUUGAUCUGCCUAGCAUACAAUCUGAUUGUUUACUCUUGUUUUUCAUAUUCACAUAGUUAACCCCUUAAGGGCCAAACUUCUGGAAUAAAAGGGAAUCAUGACAUGUCACACAUGUCAUGUGUCCUUAAGGGGUUAAUCAGAUGUCAAGCUCGUCAUUAUAUUAGUUAGACUGGCAAUAACACACCUGUUUAACCUUGUAUCUAUAACGCGCAUAGUCAGUUAGUAUAGCCUGCUUUUUACCGCAUGUCGUCUAAUCUCACCACUGCCUAUCGUUCCUUCUCCUAAUUAUAUCAUAAGAAAAAAGUGCAGUUUAUUUGAAAGUCAUAUCAAUGUUUCUCUUGUCUGACUAUAAUAUGCUUGUGCUCGCUGUUGUGGCUUGGCAAGCUUGUUGUUGCUACAUGCACAAAAAAAUUAAAGACUAAAAAAAACAGUGAAUCAUGGUUAAUUGAAACAAUCAAUUUGUAAAAUUUAGCCAAAAAAGAUCAUAGUGGCAAUAGAGAUAAUUUGUAAAAAUCCAUUAUUACCAAAUAAUUUUGAAUUGUCCCCAAUACACUAUUUAGUAAAUAAGAUUUAAAGGACCGCUCUAGGCACCCAGACCACUUCAGCUUAAUGAAGUGGUCUGGGUGCCAGGUCCAGCUAGAGUUAACCCUUUUUUUUUAUAAACAUAGCAGUUUCAGAGAAACUGCUAUGUUUAUAAUAUGGUUAAUCCAGCCUCUAGUGGCUCUCUCUUGACAGCUGCUAGAGGCGCUUGCGUGCUUCUCACUGUGAAAAUCACAGUGAGAAGACGCAAGCGUCCAUAGGAAAGCACUAUGAAUGCUUUCCUAUGAGACUGGCUGGCUGAGCGCGCAGCUCCUGCCGCGCAUGCGCAUUCAGCCGAGGAGGAGGAGAGCUCCACGCCUGGCGCUGGAGAAAGAGGUAAGUUUAACCCCUUCCUCUCCCCAGAGCCGGGCGGGAGGGGGUCCCUGAGGGUGGGGGCACACCCAGGGCACUAUAGUCCCAGGAAAACGAGAAUGUUUUCCUGGCACUAUAGUGGUCCUUUAAUUGGAAGGAAGGAAAACAAUCGUUAUUUGAUGUUGUGUCGAUUGUAUUAAUAAUCACAUUAUAAGUCACUAGGCAUCUGCCAACAAUAAAUUGUUUAUUGUAAUGUGACUGCAUCCCCAGUACAUAAAUAUUUUUAGGUGUAUACCUAUUGAGGAACACUGAGCUAAUGUUAAGUGUGUUCUUUAACUGUUACAGUCUAGUGAUAUCAGCUCUCUUUGCUUAUGAUCAUUAUGUAAACUGCAAUCUCCAUCAUUUUAUUAAUUCUUUAGAUAGGUAAAUUAUUUUAGUAAUUUCUAUUGACACGAUUGCUAGUGAGGUCCAGCACGCAGAACUAUGUAACAUCUACAUAGAACAGAAAAUGAUAGUACGUAAACCGGUCCUUAGAAUGGCCGGACUAAUACGUUAAAGACAGAGAAUGGUCAAGGGAUAGCUGAGGUCAAGGAAGCCAGAAAUAUACAAUGCCGUUUAAAAAGCCAAGUCAAGUCAGGGAAACCAGAAAUCAGAAUAAUCUGGAAAAUAGCGGUAUUAUCAAAAACAGGACAAGAAAACGCACUCUCCGGAACCAGGAACGGAAACCACAACAGGGCAAUGAACUAAGAAACUUCAGGGAUUUAAAUAUCCCUCCUUUGACUGUGAUUGGUCAGAGGGUGACCUCUGACUCUGAUUGGUCAGAGGGUGACCUCUGAUUCUAGAACGUGCGUUUGCAUCGACCCUGGGAGGGCAGAGCUAUCUAUGGCCCCGAUCCAGGAGAACCCGGCGGAGCGGCUCCUGACUCGCCGCUAAGCAGGUAAGCUCAGUUGUUGGCGUUUCGCACCAGUCAGGUGCGAUCGCGGCAAGCCGGUGGGCCGUGACAUCUAUCCUGUUUAAUUUGCCUAACAAGUUUACUUGUUACUUUACAGGUUAUGUUAUACUUGGGGUUAUACAUGCCAAGUACAUAUUUACAGUCCAAGUAAUAAUUUCUGUUUCAUGUUUCCAUAAUUUUAAUGAUAAUAUAAACUUCACGUUAAAUUUAUUUAGCAGUUUAUUGUGCUAGAAAACAAAUUCUUGAGUUUCUUUUCUGUGUUUUUUUUUUUUUAGAUGUUCUCCAGUUGCAAUUAUCAGAGCAGGGCAAGAAAGGGAGACGAAAGGGGAGAAACAAGUUGGAACCUGUUCCUGUCCAAUCAGUAGUAAAUACGGUGGCUGAAGAAGUAAAAACUCCAAUGGAUUUAGCCAAGGUCAUUACAUGUAUUUUGUAUCAGGAACCAUGGUCCCCUCCCUGUGUUCCUAACUUUACAAAAGCCCUCUCAUGACUGAGUCCAUGUUCUAUGAUGCUUGUGUAUGUCACCCUGUAAGUUUUCAUUAAUAUGUUUCUUUCUUGUGCUAUGCGGAGAGUUCUACCUUGUAAAUUAUGUGAAAAAGCUUUGUGCUACAAUAGAAAGGUAUGCAAGCAUUGCGAUUGGCUGACUCACUUCCUGGUCAAAGCAGAGCUUACUGUAGAGGAGCUACCUAGUCUGGAGCUUACAGGCUUGGGUUUCUUGAUAGGCCUCUCCUAUAGAUUGCCGCAUCCAUGUGACUUCUCAUCUCUGUGUUUAGGCCCAGGAAACUACAAGUCUAUCAUCCUCCAAGAAGAAACAGAAGUUUGUGAACCUAUACACCUCAGAAGGCCAAGACAGACUGGCUGUACUUAUCCCUGGACGUCACCCCUGCGAAUGCCUGGCCCAAAAGCACAAGCUCAUAAACAACUGCAUGACCUGUGGGCGCAUUGUUUGUGAGCAGGAGGGAUCUGGGCCUUGUCUCUUCUGUGGGGACCUGGUAAGUAGGGUAGGCUUUCCUGUUUUACCAAUUUACUGAGCUGCUCCAAUACUGCUUGUUUUAAUACACUGCAUGUCUUUGAUGCAUUUUUCUUUAAGGUGUGUACCAGAGAAGAGCAAGAUAUUCUAAUGCGAGAUUCCAAUAAAAGCCAGAAAUUAAGGAAAAAACUCUUUGGAGGUAAGAAUGUUAAAACAUGCUCCGAGUGCUAAUGAGAUUUAAGCCAUCCCCACCUCCUCCAAAUUUAAUAUCCGCUGUCUGCCAUCUAUUAGUUAUAGAGCAGUGAAGGCAGCUCUUCCCAGGCUAGGCCCAUCUCAUCAGAGUUUAUCCGGCUGGAAGGAGGACUGAAGUCUAGGUGUUACACUGCGGUAACAUUCACAAAUCCUCCACAAAUGGAGGCACCAGAGCGAAGGGCAUCAUGUUAGUAUCACUAAAACAGCUCCCAAAGCCAAUAAAUACAUCAUUUAUCACUAUGAUCAAUUAUAUAUGUACUGGGGCUGUUAUCUGUUAAAGUGAGCCUUUCAUGUCCAAAAAUACAUGUUUUUUUUUUUGUUUGUUUUUUUAUGCAUAUAAAUAAUAUAUGUCCAAAAAUACAUUUAGUAAAAUUUGCACUAUUUCCUAAGCCAUAAAAACAUAGUUUUAUUAGCUUCAGAACUGGCCUCUGGAAAUGAAGAUCCGCCUGAUUUUUGCCACCACUUCCUCCUUUGUGAUUUCCUAGUUGGUGCAGGGCAUUGCCCAAUUUCCAGCCUAUCCUUCUGAUAGAGGUCAUUGGUUUUAUUGUAAUUUAGGGAUUUGUAUAAACAUUUUCAUACUUUAGGGCUGUAUCAGUUCAGGUGCUAUUUUCAGCAUUCAUUUUUAUGUCUCUAGCAAAAUGUUGAUUUUCUGUAUCAAGCCGUUAUGGAGUAAAUGUAUUAUCAGGUUUAUCAAACUACGGUAAUGGAUGAGGUUGACUGGAGUUAUAUUCCACACAACUGUUUAGCAAGUGGUUGCCUCACUAUCCAUCACAGGUGUAUUUUAGCUCCAACAUUCUCAGCCAGAAUUUCAUUGAGCUUGACUUCCUGCUCUCAAUUUGACGAGACAUAAAUUUUCCAAAAAGUGGUUUGUUGGCGUUUUUUCUUCUCUCGUUUGCUCAUAGGAUUAGCAGUGGUGAAAUAACAGAAGCCUUCUUUUUUUUUUUCCUCCUUCUUCUUCUUGAAGAGUGAAAUGACCUGAGAUGAAAUAUGUUCCAUAAGAUAAAGUGACCCUUUAUAGACCCGUUGAGGAUAGUCUGUUUUCUUAUUCACAGGUUCUGAAACCCCUUUCAAGUUUGAUGUUUCUACUAAAGAUCUUUUACCCAGAAAAGAUAUGCAAAUGAAGGAAGGCUAUGAAAAGGCAAUGCAGCAUCGGGAUAAGCUCUUAGAGUAUGACAAAACAAGGUAAGGAGCAGUCCAAGAGUCCUAUUUGUUUGCAGAUAAUGAGACGUUAUCUUAUAUAAUCAUUAUGAGGCACAUGGAAUGCUAACAUAAAAUUAGAGUGCAAAUUGCCAUAAUUUUGAGCAUAUAUCGCUGUUUAGGGACACCUAAAAUGUAAAUUUGGUUAAUUUACACAUUCAUUUUUAUUUUCUUUAUAAAAUAGGAGGUUAAAUCACAAUAACAACUACAUACAUCGUAGUGGUUAUAGUGCUAGUAGGCUAGUGGCAUUGUCCCCCUGUUAUGUGACAAACUGUUUAAAACAUGUUUGACUAAAACUGAAGGUAUCUCAGGCACCUGUUGCUUGGCCCCUUCCUUGCCACAUUGCUAAUGUGGAAGUUGCAAUUCUGAUUUGGAUAUAUCAAUUUUGCCCACAUUUGGAUAGCAUUGAUCGACUUAAUGUGUCAGCUGACUCGCUCAGUCCAUUGGUACAGUCCAAAUAUGGUAAACUUGUGCAAACAUGUAACUAACUUUCACAAUUCUAAUACAGUGAGUGAGGGGUCGGACUACGGGUGCCUUGGUUAUCCUCAGAUUGUUGACAGUGAACAGGGGAUUAUCCCAGUAGCCUGCUAACUCCAUAACCAGUUCAAUUAACUAUGCUGCUCACAACACCAUGUUAAGUUUUACAUUAAGUUUGGGAGUAAAUAUAUACAUUAGUUUUUAUGUGUGUGAUAGGCAGUUAACACAUUGAUAGUGAAAGCAUUUUUAUUCGUUUUUUUUUAUUCUCAAUAGCUGGGAGUGGCCAUUUUGUACUCCUGUGCCCAUGAUGUAUGUUUGUCCUUCUGUGGGGUUUAUUUUUCUGAUGGAUUGUGGAUAAAUUUAAUUGGCAACUGAAACAAAACCUUAAUGAAGCUUUCCCAAAAUUGUAUAAGUUUAUGCAUAUGUAUGUAAACACGUGCAUCCUUUUUUUUCUUACAUCUGAACAUAUUUCAACCAUCACUUCAUCCCUUACUGUAAUCCUGCAUCACUCUACCUUUAGCUUAAACAUUCAUCUUUACCUAGCAUCCGACGAACACAUGUGAUUGAUGACGAGUCAGAUUAUUUCUCCACCGAUUCCAACCAGUGGUUGUCCCAGGCCGAACGCGAAGCCCUUCGCAAAAAAGAACAAGAGCUUCUAGAACUCCGCCAUGCCUCCCGUCUUAGCCGGAAGAUCACCAUUGACUUUGCAGGACGCAAAGUUCUAGAAGAAGAUGAUAACCUGUCUGAGUACCAUACGAGGUCAGAAUUUGCUGUCACUUCUCAUUAUUAUUAUUUGAUUUAAUUUUUUUAAAAUAUUAAAAUAUUAAUUUUACAUAUGCUCUAUAUUUAACAAAUAUGUGCUUUAGGCCAGGUAAAUCUAAUUGCAUGUCCUUUGCACCUGGCAGGCAACAUAGAUCGAGCAUAUAAAUAAAUUAAAGGGAACAACUACAGUUUAAUGGUGAGCAUAGUCAGUCCUUGCAGAUUUUUUGCAGUAAACACUGUCUUUUCAGAGAAAAUGCAGUGUUUACAUUACAGCCUCCAGUGGCCACUUUUCAGAUGGCUGCUAGAGGUGCUUCCUGGGACAGUGCUGCAGCAAGGCUAUUCAGUGUCUCCACACUCUGCACAGAAACACUGAACUUUCCUCAUAGAGAUGCAUUGAUUCAAUUAAUUUCUAUGAGGAGAUGCUGAUUAGCUAGAAUGGCAUUUGACUCUGCACCCUGCCCCACCUCUAUCGCAAUCUCUACAUUGGAAAAACAUUGUGAUUUGGCUCAGAUCAUAUCUUCUGAUGAUGUCAGCCAAUAGGCAGAUCAGUUACAGAGCCAGCAGCAGCAGACCGGAAUAAAGGUAAGAUUUUACUUUAUUUAGGCGGCAAGGGGAAUCCACGGGGGGCUAGAUGGUGAUUUUACCACUAUAGAGUCAGAAAUACAUGUUUGUGUUCCUGACCUUAUAGUUUUCCUUUAAAUUAAAACUGUCAAAAUGCACUUAAAACCAUGAGGAAUAUUCUACAAAUACAUAUGUACAUUUUAUUUAUUUUUAUUUAUUUAUGUAGCGGUUUUGUAUUCUGUGACCACUGUAAAAUGGUAAAUAAAAGAAGAGAGCAGAAGGAGCAAUGGGACAAACCGGAUGUUGGGUGUUACAGAACCGUAACACGUAGUGGUUUUGGUCCAUGCACCAACAGAACUGCAUUAAGAUGUAGUGCUUUUGAUGCUUAGUGUUUAACUACAGUAGGAGGAACUCAUUGCAAAGGGCCUUGGUCCUAAAAGCACAUCAUUUUGGAAAAGCCUUGGUUAUGAAGGGGUUAAUAUUCAGUACUUAUGGUGUUAUAGUUUCCAUUCUACCCAGGUAUUGGUGUUUUGAAACAGAUAUUUUCUGUGUCUAGUUCACUCUAAUCGGAUUCUCCGUGCGGUUUACUCAUUCCUUAAAGACAUGUUGCCCAUGAUUUGGGCCUUGCCCAUUUCUCAUUGCAGGUUUGAUGAGACAGUUCAAGCAAUUAAUUCCGGGACAGUCGUUAAAUCGCCUCGAACAGGAGAAAGAUCAGAUGUCUCCUAUCUCGUCAAUCCCAGCAUGCUGCUCCCCCCACCCAUGGUAAGUUUCACCAAUGUUCACAUUAAUUCUAAGCUGACCCUGGAGAACUUUUACAUAGUGAUCUAGAGUGCUUUAAUAUAGAAGUGAUUUCUGUGUAAUUUUGCAAUAGAUCGUUCUGCUUGGGUGACGCCAAACAGUUGAAAUUAUAAAAAAAAUAGGAUUAUUGGGAACAAAAUGUAUUCUUAUGUAUAAUUUGUCCUGGGGUUAUUUAAAAACUACAAAAAAAGAUGUAUUCUAUAAUAUUUAUACAUUUGUUACUGGUAUUUGGAUGAUGAAUUCUGUUGUAUGGCACAAUUUAGGAAACCUAUAUAUCUGCUUAUUUUACCAUGGACAAGUUUGUUAAUUUGCUGAAAUAUUAAUGCAAAGAAAGCAGUGUGUUUAUACAGUGUUUUAUUACUGUGUGCAAGCUCCUUUUCUCCCCAGCCUCAGAAAUGAACAACAUAAAGGGAGAUUUACUUAAUCAGGAGGUAGCUGCAUCUGUUGAGGCCAGAUGGCCGUGUCUGGGCACAGACCCUGCACACGCAGAUAUGCCACCGCAUUAACCCAGUGUACCAGCAUUACUUGCAAAUUACAUCUCUGUAAUCCUGUAACACUGUUAUACUUCUCCUCACCAAUAGACAGAAAGAUAUACUUUGUAUCAGAUUCUCAUAGCAGAGAUCAACGUUUCCCAGUGAAAUGUUUAUAGAAAAACAAGAAUUGAACAUGAUUUUCCAACUAUAUUACAAUGCCAAUAAAGUCUUCAGGUUUUUAUAUAUAUAUAUAUAUAUAUAUAUAUAUAUAUAUAUAUAUAUAUAUAUAUAAUCUCACACUUAAAAAAAAGAAAUUGUAAAUCAUUAUUUUUGCACAGUUCACAGACAGAAUUCAACACCAUGUAUCAGACAUAAAUGACAAGUGGUAGUAUCAACAAUAAAACAUAGACAAGUGGUGCUUGCCAGAACAUUUAAAUGAUUUGGUGUGUGUGAACUGAGGUUUCUAAAUGUAAGAAGAAGAAAAAAAUACAGAUUACUUGGCUCAGUAUCAUGGCAAUUAGACUGUUACUAGCAAGCCUGUGUGUUGACUAAACUUAAAAUGAGCCCGGUUAGGCUCAAGGCCCGCACAUAACAGAUUUGUUUCUAUAUUUCCGAGAAAAGUUAAAUGUGCAAAAAAAAAAUUACAAAAUCUUUCAGAUAGGUAACGUUUAGGAAUCCGACCUAAAAUAUACCCGCACAUUUCAUAAAACUCAAAAAAACAGAGUGAAAAGUAAGAGUAUAAUGUAGGGAAAAUUGUAAAAAUGCUCCUUACACUUACUUAAAGGGCCACUAUAGGCACCCAGGCCACUUCAGCUCAAUAAAGUGGUCUGGGUGCCAGGUCCCUCUAGUGUUAACGCUGCAGCUGAAAACAUAGCAGUUUCAGAGAAACUGCUAUGUUUACACUGAGGGUUAAUCCAGCCUCUAGCGGCUGUCUCACUGACAGCCACUUGAGGCGCUUCCGCUAUUUACUCAGAGUAAAUAGCACUUAUUUGAUGCUGGAUGUCCUCACGGAGUCCAGUGUCAAAAAAGACCCUCUUUGAAAAGCAUUGAGUAAUGCUUUCUUAUGGGUGGGUUUAAAUAUGCGCGCGCCUCUGUCUGCGCAUUCACUCCACUCGUCGAUGGAGGAGAGGUCAUCAGUGCUGAGGGACCCCGGCGCUGGAUUAAGUUAAGCAAAUGGUUAAUUAACCAUUUAUUCGCCGCGGAACAGGGCCCUAGUCACCUAAACGGUGACUAGGGCUCUAUAGCGUUUGGAAUACAUAUUUGUAUUCCUAACGCUAUAGUGUUCAUUUAACCCCUUAAGGACGGUGGGCAUUCUAUGCAGUCCUUGCGAACCCGGCUCUAAACGCCGGCGGGCGGGAUAGAACGCCCAAGCCGUCUUAUGUACUUAUAAAUAUAUAUGUGUAAAUUCGUUCUAACUGUAUUUUAAAAUUAAUAUAUAUAGAUAUCAAAAUACAUGUAGAACGAAAUAAUAUAUCACUAUAUAUAUAUAUAUAUAUAUAUAUAUAUAUAUAUAUAUAUAUAUAUAUAUAUAUAUAUAUAUAUAUACACACAUACACACGCAUACACUAAGUGUAUUUUAAUAUUAAUAUAUGUGUAAAUUCGUUCUAACUGUAUUUUAAAAUUAAUAUGUAUAGAUAUCAAAAUACAUGUAGAACAAAAUAAUAUACAUAAUUCUACGUAUAUAUUUAUGUAAUAAUUUUACAUAAUUAGGUCAUUUUAUUAAUUACAAUUUGCGAGACCUGCCUGACAACCCAGGCCAAAAGUCCAGGGAAUUUAAUUUGCUUGCACUAUUAUUAACCCUGUAACUUUCCAAGACACCCUAAAACCUGUACAUGGGGGGUACUGUUUUACUUGGAAGACUUCGCUGAACACAAAUAUUAGUGUUUCAAAAGCGUAAAAUGUAUUACAACGAUUAUAUCGUCAGUGAAAGUAACACAAAUGGCACUUACACGGACAAUAUAAUUGUUGUGAUACGUUUUACUGUUUUGGAACACUAAUAUUUGUGUUCAGUGAAGUCUCCUGAGUAUAAAAGGUACCCCUCAUGUACAGGUUUUAUGGUGUUGUUUUCAAAAGUUACAGAGUCAAAUAUAAGGCUUGUGUUUCAGUUUUUUCACAUUGAAAUUCGCCAGAUUGAUUAUGUUGCCUUUGAGACUGUACGGUAGCCCAGGAAUGAAAAUUACCCCUAUGAUGGCAUAUCAUUUGCAAUAGUAGACAACCCAAGGUAUUGCAAAUGGAGUAUGUCCAGUCUUUUUUAGUAGCCACUUAGUCACAAACACUGGCCAAAACUGGCGUUCAAAUUAGGUUUUUGCAUUUUUCACACACAAUCAAAUAUUAACACUAACUUUGUCUACUAAAAAAGACUGUACAUACCCCAUUUGCAAUACCUUGGGUUGUCUACUUUUGCAAAUGGUAUGCCAUCAUGCGGGUGAUUCUCAUUCCUGGGCUACCAUAUGUUCUCAAAGGCAACGUAACCAAUCUGGUGAAAUCUUGUGGAUUAACACAACUGUGGCUUUCUACAUCCUAUGGAGUGUUAUGGGAACUGUUGUCCACAAAGUCUGCAGCCCCAAAUAUCAGGAUAUACUGAGUUAGUUUGCUUGAUAUAGGAAUAAGGCUAAGGAGCUUCUUCAUCCCGUGUCCUGCUCGCUCGACACUCAAAAUCUUCACAUCCUUACUUGCGAAUGUGCUAAUCCGUUAUUUAACAUUUUACGAUGCCACAGCUGGUACUGAUGAGCAGGAAUUUCAAUGUGCAUGUACCUCUACUGAGAUGUUUUGUAUCAUUGCAGUGGGUAGAUCAGGUCAGCGUUGGCGCACACAGGAAGAAAGGUCCUUUAGAAGGUGCAGAAGAGCAGUCAGACAGGAACCGGCUGCGCAUACAGGACAAGGAGCUUCAGGAGAUCAGUGACCUGGGCAUGUGUCUGAGUAUGCACCAGCCCUGGGCAUCCCUCCUGGUCGCAGGUAUCAAAAGGUGAGAAGUUUCAUCAUUGGGAACUGAAUCUUGAAGUAAAUAGCUUUUUUUUAUCGAAGACAUUUUAAUUAUACAUGCUCCAAAUAUUAAUAAAAUAACUUAUAUUAAAAAUUUUUUAAAAAAGAACAAACAAUAUGUAUUCACUUCAGUGUAUAACAAAGUAAUGCAAGUUUUAUGUGUGUGUGUGUGUGUAUUUGUUUACUUUUUGAUGUAUUGUGCUACUCCUUUUUAUUUAUUGUGUGUUGCCUUCCCUUCAUUAUAAUUUUUCACUCUUCUUUAACUAUUUCUAUUGCAUGCUUACUGCCCAUUAUUUAAACUUCAGUUUUCUAUAACUUCCGUGUUGAAUUUUAUCUAAAUAUUACAGCAAAAGCAAAAUACCCCAAACUUACACCACCAAAUGAACACACUAUUGCUCCUGAAUAGCUUUUGGGAAGAGGGACAUUUACAUUGCAGUUUCCAAACUUUGCUGGGUCUAUAUCUCAUGAAAAAUGUGAGCCAAUAGAAAUUACCUUUCACAAAACUCUAUAAAAGUAAAUAAUACAGCACUUGGGUCAUUUCAGUAUAGUAAACAAACCUGCACCAUUGUGUGAUUGUUGCCAUCACUGGACAUUUUUCUCACAUGUUGUAUUUUGACUGUGUCGGUCAUGCACAACAUGUGCACAAUUUGCUAGAUUUACAGUACAAACCAGUUGUCUUCAAUUACAUUCCCCAAGAGAAGGAAUAUCCUCCAGAUGUAGGGUUUCUAUUAUUAUUAUUAUUAUUAUUAUUAUUAUUAUUAUAAUGUUUACAGGCCAGAUAUGUCACUGACAUAGGUUAAAGUGAAUCGUUCAUGGACGACUUAACAUUAGCUAAAUGUAAAAAUAUGCUCCUUCCCCUUGCGCCAAGCAAUCCUCAGAAUAGACCCCAAUGCCCUCGACAUAGAGAUGUAUACUCUUCUACAGGUGAUUCUUCUCCUGUCUGUACACAGAUAUUCCCCCUAGUAAACUUGUCCAUUUGUUCGGACACCAAUGUGCUGGCAAUGAAUCCAGUGUGUUGGUGUCAUAGGGGGAUUACACGCCAAGCACGGCCAGUUAAACCAAGGAGGUGGGACCACUAGUUAUGGCAAAUUUUAGAAUUUUGCAGAGGACAUAAGUAAGAUCAUAAUGGCUCUUAAAGGUACAAAAAAUAUAAUUUAUCUUUAUGAUGUGAUAUAGUCAUUGCUUUAGACGCUGUUAGAACCUGUCAUGGCUGGCUUACCUUUAAUCAAGGAACAUUAAAAAAACCACAAACAGUUACUGGCAUGCAUUAUUCAGAUAGAAGCUGUUUACUUACCCCCUCUGUGCUGAUUGGUCAACUUAUCCAGGCGGCUACCGGGUCCGAUGUUGCCCCAAGAAGAGACCUGCUUGCCAUUAGUUCCUGAGCCUUACUAGCCACUGUUUAUUUUGGGGUUGUUAAAAGCCCACUGAAUUACAUUACUCCACAAAAGUAUAUCUAUAGCGAAGCCAAGCAUGUAUUACUAUUGGACAUGCCCGUUACUUUCAAAGCACAAAAAGCAAUGAAAACCAAUACUGUAUUUGGUUCUUACUUGACAUAUGUUGUAGGUUCUUGAAAGCCAAAAUGUCUUUAUUUAUUGGUGUUAAUAAUGUGCCUGGGUCCCCUGUUUUAAUGACACACUGCUGGAGUAUUUUGCCAUUACCUUGUUGAGAGUUACAAUGUGUAGUAUUGUUACUCAACAGAUGGAAUGCUUCUUUCUCUGAAAUUUUAUUGAAGAGAACAUGUCUUGCCAACAGUCCCAUGUGCGUUUUUGUUACUAUAUAUAUAUAUAUAUAUAUAUAUAUAUAUAUAUAUAUAUAUGUAUGUAUGUACGUACUAUCAAGAAUAACUCUCUAAUUGCUAUAAAUGUAUUUUAUUUAUUUAUUUUCCAAACAUAGUAAUCAUAUAACUUUUUUUUUUUUAAAGUGACUUUUUUUUCACAUUAAGUACCCAACAGGCCACAAGCAAAAUAAAAUAACACACACACACAAAAAAUUAAGAAUCCCGGUUUGUGUACAGAGUUUAAUCCUCGUCCCCAGAAACAGACAGUCGUAGUGAGUGAGACACGGCACAGUGAGAACAGAUGCAGUCAGUGUUUACAAACACUGUCUGUGUCAAUGAUCAGAUUCAAUCAUGGGAUUUACUUACAGAGGUUUCAUGCCAGGAAAACUCUGCCAUUAGGCACCUCACUGGUCCUCAGGGGACUUUCUGACAUGCCUAGCAAGCCUUAUUUGGCUUCUGUAAUUAGAUUUGUUUUGUUCUUCAAUGCUGCGGUACAUACCCUUUUUUAGCUCACACAUCUUUGUCACACACAGGGUGGAGGGCAGGACAUGGUACAGUGCUCACAGAGGACGCCUGUGGAUUGCAGCAGCUGCAAAGAGACCUUCCCCGCAGGAAAUCUCAGAACUGGAAACAUCAUAUCGAGUGCUAAUUGACAAAGGUUAAUGUCUUUACAUCUUACCCAUUCUUACCAAAUAGAACUGUCCCAUUUAGUCUGUUCUUUCUCCUAUAUUGGACUCUUCAUCUUUUUUUUAUGCUGGAGAUAUCAGUCUUGUUCUAACUUCUUUAAGUGCAUCUCUUCAUUUUUUUUUAUCUCGUUUUUUUUUUUAUCACUCCCCUAUAAUUACUGCAUACUAUUUUGCUGGAAUCUGACACCUUAAUUCAGUAUAUUUUUAUACAGUGUAUGGGAUUGACAUUGUUUAGUGUAUGUUGUAUAUUUUUUAUUUUUAAACCUUUAAGUUCCCAGGGGGAAUAAUAUUGUGCUUAACUAGGUGACAAAAUGACUGUCAACUGAAAACAUAGUAUGAUUUUUCAUGCUUUUUCUCCUGCAAGAGCUGUAAUGAUUCUUUCUCCUUUGUUACUCCUAAUGCAGACGUGGAUUUUCCCAAGGAUUAUCCCACUGGAUGCCUGUUGGGUUGUGUGGAGGUGGUGGACUGUUUGCCGUUGGAGCAAUUUACAGAGCAGGUGGGAUCAUACAGUUUCAUGUUAGCCAGUGAUUAGUCCUCUAGAAUGGGGCAGACGAUGACGUUUAUUUAUUUUUCAUUUGCAGUAAUGAAUCUACCAGCUGAUCUCUGAAAAUGAACUUAGAGCAAUCAGAGACCUGUUCAAUAUUACAUUUUUAUGUAGUACUUUCUAAAAUAAAUCUGUGUGCCAUCUAUCCAAAUAGUGUUAAUGUUUUUCUAACAUGAAGCACAGAGGGUUUGUGACAUGUACAAUGAAUUCAUUCCUUGCAGUAUUCGUCUCUCAGCCAAGAAUCCAAUUCUCCGUUUGUAUUUAUCUGCACCAAUCCUCAAGAACUGCUACUGAAAUUCCCCAUGAAAGGCCAACACAAGAUCUGUAAGUAUGAACGUUUCUAGUAAAGUCGGCCUCCAGAGAGGAAAAAUUACAAUUUGACACCCUCCAUGUUUGCUGCGUAUAAACUUUGUUAAUGCUUAUAGUGUAUGUACACUAUAUAUAAAAUACUGUGCAAAGGUUUUAGGCAGUUGUGAUGAAAAGUUAGAAUGCUUUCAAAUAUAGAAAUGCAAAUAGUUUAUUUUUCUCAAUUAACAAAAUGCAAACUGAGCGAACACUAAAUCUAAUCAACGUUUGGCGUGACCACCCUUAGUCUUUAAAACCGCAUCACCUUUUCUAGGUACUUCUCUGUAAUUGUGUAUAUUUCAUGACAUAUUUAAGGUUAGGGUUAGUGUGUUAAGGUUUAGUUCGAUGUAGGAUUAGGAGCAAUGUAAGCAUUAAGGCAGUGUUUAGCCUGGUUAAACACUGCCAAGAGAAGGAUUCCCAAAAUCCACAGCGGUACAGUAAAAUAUUAUAUUUUUGUUUUGACAAUCUUUAUGUAGUCAGAAUAAUUUUUGUUUAGGUAUCAGCAAGGUACGUAUCAGAAAAUGAAGAUACUAUAGUGCAAUAAUACAAAAUGUACUUUGAGAGAUGCAGUGAAAUUAUAAACAUUUCAUAGUUUGACUCUCUGAGCCUCCUUGGACCUGAUCUAAAUCAAUUUAUUGAUUUCUAACCAAGUUCUAAAGUAACAUCAUACUUAUUUACAUAAGAGGACAUUAGCAACCAAUCUGAAAGGUCUCUUGUUUAUAGGCGAAUACUGUUUUCAGAAGAGAAAGUGAUAUGCAGCGUGCAAAAUGUACACAAAUUGUUCUUUCCAGUGCUUGGUAUAUGUGAUAUUAUGAAGGAUGACAAGUUGACUGUACUUGCCUGGGAGUUUCUCUUAUUCAUCACUGUGUUUGUUAGCUUUUUCUUUAAAAAAUAAAUCAUGUAUGCCGGUCACUAUAGUCUUGAAGUAGCUGUUCCGAUCUCCUCCGAUCUUAGUUAAAAGGCGAUUUUACUCACCUUUUCUUCCGUGCCGUGAUGGUCUUGCCACGGCUGGCUCUGCCUCCAUGGCUGAGAUCAUCAUAAUUAGCAAUCACCUCUAGUAACUGUCUGAGUGACUGCUACUAGAGGUGUUACUAGGCAGCUAUGUAUACACACUGCCUAUUUUCUGAAAAGGCCAAUGCUUACAUUAAAGGGCCUGCAGGGACAGGCUAAAGACACCACAACCACUACAUUAAGCUGUAGUGGUUCUGGUCACCAUAGUGUCCCUAUGAUCCUCUCUUAUGGAGAAUAAAUAAUAAGCUCUCGAUAAUGUUGUGUUAGCAUAACUAUGGUUAGUAUUUUUGAUGAGACUGGGCUCUCAAGAACUGUGUGAUGGUUUGUAUCCCCAGUGCUAGUCUGGCAGAUUGCAGAGCUGUAUGUGGGCCUUCAUGAACCAAUAGUAUUUGGCUGUCUGCUUAUUAAGAAUGUAAAUCAAUGUCCCCUAGCUCAGUACAGUUUAUAUUCUUUUUGCUCAUUGUUAAUGUAAGAAUAUAUAUCGGAGUAUGGGUGCAUAUUUGUUCUAAAUAUUAUUCUUAUUAUUUAGCUAGAACUCUCCUUUAGAGCAGUAUCUGUGUAGGCAAAUAAAAUAUUCUAGUCUGCAAAUGUGAGCUUACAUCUGAAGAACCACACGGCAGUGUAAACUACUUCUCAUCUUGUCUCAUUUCUUACAGGGAGAUUGGAUUCCAAAAUUCACCAGGCAGCCAAAAAGGGUUUAAUGACCAGAAAGGACCAAAAUGAAUUGUCCACCAAAAGUGCCAAAAAGAGUCGACCAGGAAAAGUCAGAUGAAAAAGUUUCUCUUGGAAGAUUUCAUCUGGAAUUAUAAGCUGCUUUAGAGUAAAACAGAAUUCCAGGCACUACUGGAUCAGAUAAUGAGGACUUCCAAUAAAAAUUAAACCUUAAAUUACAGAACAGAAAUGGCAUGUUUGUGAUAAGUAGUAAGCACCACCAUUAAUGGCAGCAAUGGUUAAAAGCAACACCACCAUUACAUGGAUACUAUAUUCACCAAAAUAACUUUUCUUUAAUUGUUUGUUUAUUUCUUCACCCCUCCCCUCUUUCACACAUCAAACAUUAUAGUAACCGUAUAGUUCUAGGAAUGCAAAGCUGUAUUCCUAACACUAUGGUGUCCUUAAUGGUGACUUAAAUGGUUAAAAAAAAACCUUUUAAACACUCACUUUAUUGAAGUGCUGAGCUCCCUCCUAUGACGUCAUCACGAGGGGGAACCCACAGUGCAAGCAAGCACCGCACCCACAUUAGGCCUUCCCCAUAGGAAAGCAUUGAAUCGUUUUAAACAGUCAAACUCCAUGAAACCGCAGGAAGCACCUCUAGUAGACAGCCACUAGAGGCAGUCUAAACCCUGCAAUAUAAACAAAUGUUUUAGAUUGCAGGGUUAAAGGGACAGGGACAUUGCACCCAGACCUCCUCGAUGUGAUGACGUGGUCUGGGUGCCUGUAGUGUCCCUUUAACUCCUUAAUUGCAGAGAAUUGAAUAGUGAGACUGCCAAGACAUGAUCUAUUCACAAAAACUGCUUCAUUAAGCUUACGUUACUUUGGUUAUGUAGGAGUAUCCUCACUAGGGGCAAUUUAUGGUUAUUGAGUAAAGAAAUCUCAGCAUCUCUAAUUUAUCUUAAGAGUACACUAAUGCAUCUUCUUUAUUAGCUUAGAUUGCUUUACUCCGAUAAGCUCAAAUAACUUAAUUACCAAAUUCCUUGGGCCAUACACAUUGAACUGGUUUUAUGUGCUUUCAUAGUAUGGCAUACUGGGUGAAUGUUGAACAUUAAUGAUGCCAGGGAAUCAAGCAAAUCAAGAAGCCCUCCAGUAAUAAAACAUCUGGAAAAGAGACCAAUUUACAUUAAAGGGAAGCACACCAUGUUCUGUUUUUAUAUGUAAUUUACCAAUGCCUCUUGUCUCAUUUUAAAGGGACAGUCCAUUGAAUUUUUUUUUCCCCUUACAAUUAAGGAAAUAUACCGCUAAAAACAUGCAUGCAUAUUUUUGUGCAUGUUUUCAUUGACGGUAUUUGAAAAAAGUUUGUGUCAGUGGAGUAGACUGGCGACUAAAAUCUCCCUGGGCAUUGUAUAUUGAGAAAGGGCUGUUGAUGGGAAAUGUUAAUUACACUUUGCUCUUCAAUAAACUGGAAACCGUACUAG